GCUCAAGCCUGACCCAUUUCGUGACACACCUACUCGACAGUGAAGAACAUGGCUGUGAGUGGCACCGUGACCUCUUACAACCCUCAUAAGGGCUGGGGCUUCAUUGAGUGCAAUGGCAAAGAUGUCUUCGUGAACAGGCGCGAAUGUGGAGGUCACUGCCUGUCCAAGGGAAUGAGUGUCUCUUUCACGGUGACACAGGGUGAGAAGGGGCAGCAGGCCACAGAAGUCAAGGUCUUGGUGCCUCCCGAAGAGGCUGUCUACCACGGUGAAGUGAAAUCCUUCAAUCCCAACAAGGGCUAUGGUUUCAUUGGAUGUGACGCUUUCCCAGGACAAGAUGUUUUCGUGCUGAAGAGCGAGAUCCCAGGUGGCUUUGCACCUCAGGGAGGUCACUGCAAGUUCAAGGUGAAGCAGGAGAGCGAGAAAGGUCCCGCAGCCACGGAGGUGCAGCUCUUGGGCGCGGCCGGAAACCAGUACCAGCAGAUGAAACAAAUGGCGUUUUACAGUGGCUUCAAGGGCUUCGGCAAGGCCAAGGGCUUCUUUAAGGGCAAAGGCCCACGUGUGGAUCCUUCGCACAAGGCACCGGGCCGGGCCGGGCGCCCGGAACGAGUUGGAAAGAUGCUGGAGCACAUGAACCAGGCCGGCAAGGCCAAAUGGGUCGAAGUCUUCGAGGGCAAAGGCGCGGGCACCGGCACUGCAGCCUACGGCUCCACAGAGGAGGUGGCGCAGGCCAUCAACAUGCUGAAUGGGACCCCACUCGGCGGAUCGCAAAUCACGGUGGAUGCCUGGGUGAAAGCGCCCAAGGAGGACGCUCCAGCUGCGUAGACAGUUUACUGAGCGAAGUGAGGGGAAGGUGACGGAGGGCUGUGCACUGAAGUCUCUUGAGAGGCGAAAGAAAGACGGC